AUGCCGCCAAUUAAGCUCCCAAGGGCUACUUUAGAGCAGAAAAUCCAAAUACUAGACUAUUAUCACCAGUCGAAAAGACCGCAGCUGGAGACUGUUGAUAAGUUCAAGAAUGAGCUAUCGAUAUCUACAUCCUCCUUUAGCGAAUGGCUCAAGAAUGAGGAGGAUUUACGUGAAAGAUAUAACCAGGCCGGUGCGUUUCUGAAAUCAUCGAAAAGGAAAGUCAAGUUCAAGUACGAGAAGAUCAACCAUGCCAUGGACUCAUUGGUUCAGAGGAAGUUGGCCAACCAUGAGCCCAUCAAUGAACCUAUCUUGAGAGAGUACUGGUCGGUGUAUGCUCAUCAGUACGGGGUGGAGGAUCCUAAGAGAUUAGUUGGUUUCAGCCAUGGGUGGUUAUCACAGUUCAAGAAGAGACACGGUUUAGACAAGAAGAAGAUGAGUGGGAACUCGUUGACCGUUGUGUCUAGCAACAAUGGCAUUCCGUCAGGCAAUGGCAAUGUUGCUAAUGGAAGCCGCUCAAAUCAAGUGUUUGAUGCCAAUUUCGACAAUUCUAAUGCUACUUCUACAGGACCAGGGGCAGGGGGAGUGAGUGGCCCAGGACCUGAGCCAAACGACGUUGGCCAAGAUGAUUUCGGUGCCAGGUCGAGCUCAUCAUCCUCAACUUACGAUUUAAUGAACCCACAAGGGAACCAGGGCGGUUCCAACAAUAACAAUACAAGCGUGAAUCAACGCCAACCGGGCGCACAACAGCGACAACAAUCUCCCAAUCAAGUAGUGGUCGUGAACUCAUCCACAGUCCAGCCCUCGCCUGUCGUUCAACCAAACCUGAGUGGUAAUCAAUACAGGCAACAGCAACAGCAACAGCAGCAGCAACAAGUCAGUGGUUUUCAGAAUACAUCCCCGCUUGCAUAUUCCAAUUAUAUGUACCAGGAUGCAACAAGCCGCCAGAAUCAGUUCCUACUGAUGAACAACAAGAAUCCAACUUAUGAAUAUAACCGACAAAUAAGGGCACAACAACAACAGCAGCAGCAACAAGCGCAAGUACAGGCACAGGCCCAAGCGCAAGCACAGGCGCAAGCACAAGCACACGCACAGGCGCAAGCACAUGCACAAGCACAAGCACAGGCACACGUACAAGCUCAAGUACAAGCAGCCCAGGCUCAAGCACAAGCCCAGGCCCAAGCACAACAUAAUUUAAACCAUAGUCAGCUCCAACUGCAACAACAAUUACAUGGAAGGACUACUAGAUCCAAUGCUAAUAAUAAUACGAAUGGUAAUAAUAAUAGUAACCAUAAUACUAGCAACAAUAAUGCCAACCCGAAUAAUACCGCUAACAAUACCAAUAAUAAUGCCAACAAUACUAAUAAUAUGAAUAACCCCGGUAUUUCUCCGUCUGCAGCUAACGUUCAGGCACCAUCAGAGAUCUCUCUGUCAAUUAGUGCCUCCGAUAUUGAAAGAUUUAUAUAUAUGUUUGCUGAUAGAUUUUUUCAUGAUCAUCAGUUUGAGUAUCCUCAAACCAUUAAGAUCUUUCAAGAAUUCAAGAAUUCAUUUUUCAAUGAAAGAAUUAUCAGCAUGAAGCAACAACAAAUCUUGCAAGAUGCAGCUUCUGUACAACACCAGCUGAUAGGCAGCAUCGAUGAUUUCUUUUUGAGAAACAGUGUUAGCAAUACUGGAGAAGGGAACGGUAACUUGGUGCGCGGAGGGUCAGUAGUAGGAGGAAACAGUAACGGGACUGAUCCAGCUACUGUGGUGCUAUCAGCUGCAGCAGCAGCAGGUGCUCAAACCAAUUCUAAUGUAACAAAUGGAGACAACUCGGCAGCAAAUGGCAACAAUUCGAUAGGCGCGCCAGGUUCGAAAGGCAGGUAA